AUGAGUUCCCCACUUUCAGAAUCAGCAGCUUAUCAGUUGUGUCACAAUGAAGAAACAUAUUUCAGCGGAAAUUGUUAUAAAGUUGUGAAGGAUAGAAAGACAUGGGAUGAAGCAAAUGAAGUAUGCGAAGAGAAUGGCGGCAGUUUGAUGGCAAUUGAAAGCAAAUUUCAACAGCUAUUUAUAUCGGACUAUUUGCUGUCAAGCCUAAAAGCAGAUAUUUCAGCACACAAUGUUGCUGUCUGGACUGCUGGCCGUAUGAUGAUGAAUAGUACCCAUCAUAUCUAUGCUUGGACUCGAAAUAUUCAUAUGAAAGAAAUCGAUUUGUGGGAAGAUAGUCAACUACAAAUGACCGAAGGAAGUUGCAUCGAAGUUGAUUCGCGAUCGAUGUUCCGUGAUUGGAUUCUCGCCAAUUGCUCAAAUGAUAAUUAUUUCAUUUGCAGUAGACCUGCAAAAAUGGGUGAAUCAAGAAAUGUGCAAUGUAUGUGUCGUAAUGGUUAUCGUGGGAGUUUUUGUGACCAGUCAUUCAGCGAAUCUGGUACCACUCUUUUACGUCACUCAUUACGUAACAUUGAAAGUGUAGCAUUUGAAUCACAAAGUGUUGCCUGUGUCGAUAAUGAAUUCGAAUUUUUAUGUCCUCAUGGGGGUUCAAUACUUGUCGAUUUUGCUGCAUAUGGAAAUAUUGGAGAAUCCGACGAAAUAUGCCUAACUUCCGUACCAACGAAAGUAAAUGUUACAUAUUGGGAAGAAUGUAUACACCCGUCCAGUCUGCAAACAAUGAUAAGCAUGUGUCAAGGUCUCACUUAUUGCCGAAUCAAAGAUCUUCAGUCACUCUUUCCAGACAGUCCUUGUUUGCCUACUACACCUAUCACUUUGCAGUAUCGGAUGCGAUGUCUGUUUGAGCCAAUGACAACAUGUCCUCUACAUGCAAUCUAUCAGAAUGGACGAUGUUAUGUUCCAUACGUAACGGAAGAACCGCUUUCAAUGUACAAUGCGCAAACAAAAUGCCGUAAAGAAGGUGGGCAGCUGGCUUUUUCUGUUGGCCAAGUAGCACAGAACGAAAUUGCUGCCAUAGUGCGGAAACAAGCUGGUAAUGAUGGAAGUUCUUGUUAUUGGAUGGAUGGAAGAUUAGGGGAUAGUUCGCUCUGCGAAUGCUAUUACAUAAGUAGAAGAAAUGCUUUUUGGAGUCAGAGAAAUUGCAAUAGCAGUCAGCAAUGGGUUUGUCAGUUUGCGCCAGAGAGUAAACCUACUGAAAUAUACGACAAAUUUGUAGAGCAGCAUGCUAUUGUCGAUGGAUUAACGAAUGUUGAAAGGUUUGAAUGA